ACAUGGUCCUGAGGCUGCUUGUCUCUCUUUCCCUCUCUGUAUCUCACUAAUUCAUUUCCCCUGCAUCUUCUCAACACAAACCAAACAAAUCAUGUACCAUCUUCCCACUUCUUGUCUAGUCAGAUUCUUCCUCCUCUCUUUAUUUCACCCUCUUCCUUGUGAUUCAAGUAAACAAGGACUUGGCUGGUGUGAGACUUUGUUUCAGUGUGGAAACAUCACCGCUGGUUUUCCCUUCUCGGGAGGGAAUCGUCACAAAGAUUGCGGUCAUCCAUCGCUGGAGCUUCACUGCAACAAAAACAACAUCACCUCUCUAUUCAUCUCAAACCAAAAAUACUCUGUUCUCCAUAUAGAUCAAAUAUCUAACACUCUUACACUUACCAAACAAGACCUUCUAGGUUCUUUUUGCUCCUCUGUAUUCACCAACACAACCUUGCCUCCGGAAACUUUCGAGCUUCCACCGACCUAUAAGAGCGUCACCAUAUUCUACCAAUGCUCCUCUUUGCUUCCUAACCUUUCUAGCUAUACAUGUCCUGGGAUAGGUCCCAUCGCAGUGUCUGAAAACCCUGAAAAACAUCCUGAGAGCUGCCGUUCGAGUUUCACCGUGAAGGUUCCUACGAGUUUCGAUACAAAAGAGAAAGAGUUGAAUGUGACCAAUUUGGAAAGUGUUUUAAGAAAAGGAUUUGAGGUGAAGGUGGUGAUCAAUGAGAAUACAUGUCAGGAAUGUUUAUCCUCUCUUGGAAGAUGUCAUGGCUUCACCGAAAACUUAACACCAGGAUGUCGUCCACCAAGUGAUUCUGAGGGUUCUUGUGGAUAUAAUCAGACCUCAAGUACGUUCAUCUGCUAUUGUAAAGACCCGUAUAGCCUAUCAUGCAGUUCUGGCAAAUCUUUUGUUGGAUGGAUAAUAGGUGGUGUAUUGAUCUUGAUUCUCAUAGGUGUUAUUGUUUCCUUGGUGUUUCUUUGCCGAUGUUGUCGAGCCAAGAUUUUGAGAAAGAAAAAAACAUCAGAUGCUCUUGAAGUCCCUCCUGAACCUGUUGUGCAAAAUCCCACAUGACCUAUCAAAGCACGGAAUUAGUAGCAACUUUUGAAUUGUGUUCUUGUAUACUGAUACAUGUUCUCUAUUUGUUAUGCAUGCAAAUAUCAUUUACAGGCAUAACUUUAUAGUAUAUUUUCUCUA